UGUCAAAAUAAAAUAUGUUGAAAUCUUUCGUUCUUCAUCACCGCCUAUACAUAAAACUCCUUAAUGGAUUAUUUUCAAAACAACAAGAGUGGGAUAGUUCUGAUAACAAGAAGGUUGAACCUAAACCGAUCAAUCAACAGCAAUCCACCUACAGACCGUAUAGUAACCAUAUUAAUCGCACAGAUUCAAUUCAUACAUCGAAUGAGAACAAUAUGAACACAACAACGUGCAUUGUUACUGCACAAGGUGAUGAAAAUGCACCUGGAUCUAUCAGUGGAUUAGAUAGAUUGAAAAACCCCAUCACAAAUAAGGGCCAAGCUUUUACUAUUGAAGAAAGGCAAGCUUUAGGUAUCCAUGGAUUACUUCCACCGGCUGUAAAAAAUAUUGAAGACCAAUUAACGCAAGUUGAUGCACUUUUAAAACGUUUAGAAAAACCUCUUGAUAAAUUUUUAUGCAUUAUGAAUUUAUAUGAUUUAAAUAGAAAUUUAUUCUUUAAAUAUUUUCGUAAAAACAUAAUGAGUGUGAUGCCAAUAAUUUAUACUCCAACUAUUGGUGAAGCCUGUUUAAAUUACAGUUUGAUUUUCGAUCGUCCCCGUAACCUUUAUAUUACUAUUUAUGAUAAAGGGAACGUUUUCAAUGUGUUAAAAAAUUGGCCUGAAAGAAUUAUAAAAUUCAUCGUAGUCACUGACGGUGAAAGAAUUUUAGGUUUGGGUGAUUUAGGAGCUAACGGAACUCCAAUUCCUAUUGGAAAAUUAGCUUUAUACACAGGAAUAGCCUCAGUAAAACCUCACCAAUGUUUACCAAUCACCAUAGAUGUCGGUACGAAUAACAAAGCAUUGUUGGCAGAUCCUCUUUAUAUUGGACUUAAACAAGAAAGAGUUCGAGGAAAAGAUUAUGAUGAUUUAAUAGAUGAAUUUAUGGAAGCUGUUGUUCAUAGAUUCGGCGUGAACACUUUGAUUCAAUUUGAAGAUUUUGGAAACAGUAAUGCAUUUAGAUUGUUAAAUAAAUAUCGAAAUCAAUAUUGUUGCUUUAACGAUGAUAUUCAAGGAACUGCAAGUGUUACUCUUGCUGGGAUUUUGACUGCAUUGAGAGUUUUAAAGAAAAACCUUACGGAAUUAACCGUUGUCUUCUUUGGAGCUGGUGAAGCUAAUAUAGGUAUCGGAGAAUUAUUAACCAUGGCAAUGAUUGAAGAAGGUAUUCCAGAAAAUGAAGCAAGAAAGCGAUUAUGGUUUAUAGAUAGCAAAGGUUUAAUAGUGAAGGAUCGACCAGAAGGAGGAAUUACUGAACAUAAAAAACCUUUUGCCCAUGAUGCACCACCACUUAAAAAUUUAAUUGAUGUGAUUAAAACAUAUAAACCAGAUGUUUUAAUCGGAGCUGCUUCAAUUCCUGGAAUAUUUACAAAAGAAGUUUUACAAACAAUGGCUGCGCAAAAAGAAAUUCCAGUAAUUUUUGCUUUAAGUAAUCCCACUUCAAAGACUGAAUGUACAGCUGAAGAAGCUUAUACUCAUACAGAUGGUCGGUGUUUGUUUGCAUCUGGAUCACCGUUCCCUCCUGUUACGUAUAAUGGAAAAACAUACAUUUCUGGUCAAGCAAAUAACUCGUACAUUUUCCCAUCAAUUGCAAUGACUGCGUCAUUAACUGGUGUCCGUCAUAUAACCGAUUCACUGUUUUUAAAAACAGCAUCGAUUUUAUCUAAAGCUGUAAAGGAUGAAGAUCUUGAAAAAGGAUGUUUAUUCCCGCCAAUUAGGGAAUUAACUCAAUUAUCAGAACAUGUAGUGACAAAACUUGUGGAAUUUGCAUACGAGGAAGGAAUGGCUACAGUAUGUCCAGAACCAAAAGAUAAAAGAGCUUAUUUGCUAUCUCAAGCGUACCAAACGGAUUAUGUUCCAGCAAUUCUACCUUCUUACCCACUUCAUUGUUAGAUGUAAUAUAAUAGGGAGACCAAAAAAUCUGCAUAUAGGCAAAUUUUAAUUUUUAGAUAAUUUUAUUUGCUGGCUACUCUUAAUUAUUCACUAUUGUGUAUAAUGGGUAGAGGUUAUUUUAUUUAUUAUGUAUAAAAGGGAUGUAAA